UGGAGACUGGAGAGGAGAGCAGGAAAGAAAACAGUGAAGCACGACUUGGGAUGGCGUCUCAGAUAUCCUACUGGGCUUGAACUGAACACGGCACCACAGGCUGAACCAGGGGCUGGACUGGACCGGGUCAUCACUUGAGUUCAGGUCGACUGGGAUAGACGAGGAACCUCAGUGCAGGUGACGCCUCUGUACUGCGGGACCAGGCCGGACUCGGGGUCGACAGCAGUGGGUUAUUAUGGGUUGUUCGGCGAGCGCCGUCCUGCUCCUGCGCUCGGUGGGCGGGGCCGACUGCGGCCACAUGUGUUCGCGACAGGACCAGAUGUCAUCGGAUGCUGCCACUCCAACCCUGGAGGGUUACACCGCCACCACCUCAGCUCUGAGCAUCAUCAUAAUGCAGGAGAAGCCGAAGCUGAUCGACCCCCUCGACUAUGAGGCCGUCAUCUCUGAACUGGGGGAUGAGUUGAAGGAAGACCCUCUCAGAGACCUGCUCCUGUUCCCCGACCAUGAUUUCACGGUAUCCACUGUGCCUCAGGAGAGACGGACUCUCGAGUCGACUGUUCCCGAGGGGGCGGAGCUACAAGCUGAAUGUCUGCUGGUCAGACAGGCCUGUAAGUAUUACAACUCUGACCUAAAUGUGGUCCAGUUCAAGUACGACGACUACGCCGGAGACUACCGCCUGCUGCCCAGGAAACUGUACAAAGCGGAGAAGCUGCCGUCCCACUCCUUCGAGAUCGACCAUGAGGACAUUGACAAGGAUGAGGAUACGGCCUCCCUGUCCUCUUCCAAAGGGGGAGGGGGCGGCGGCGGCGGGGGGAUCGGCGUGUUCCGGUCCGGCUGGCUCUACAAGGGGAACUUCAACAGCACCGUCAACAACAGCAUCACCGUGCGGUCGUUCAAGAGGAGAUAUUUCCAGCUCACCCAGUUGACGGAUAACUCGUACAUCAUGAACUUCUACAAGGACGAAAAGAUCUCAAAGGAACCGAAAGGGUGCAUCUUCCUCGACUCGUGCACCGGCGUGGUCCAGAACAACCGUCUUCGGAAACACGCCUUCGAGCUGAAGAUGAACGAGGUCACGUACUUCGUGCUGGCCGCGGAGAGCGAGCAGGACAUGGAGGAGUGGAUCAGCACGCUGACUCGCAUCCUGCAGAUCAGCCCCCACGACGGGCCGGCUCCCGACCGCAAGAGUCUGGACCUCACCGACCAUCGGCAGGGUGAGACCGCCUCCACUUACGUGUUCGACCUGUCGUUGAGCGACUGCUGUUUGCAGGAGAAUGACGAUUCGACCACAGAGAACGGCAUCAACCCAGAGCUGGCGAAGUAUAUCUCCGAGUCGGACGAAGGGAUUCGAUCCGCCAGGAGAGAAGAGAGGUUGAAUCUGUUCUCGCUGGACCCCGAUACCCUCGUUCUGAGGAGCCCGCGGACCGAACACUCGUCAGUUGAGAAUGCAGCCGUGCGUCCGUUCGAGGAGAAGCUGGGCCGGAGGUUCAUGAUAACCUGCCGGUCGCUCAGUCUCAUGUUACAGGGCUGCAUCAACGAGAGUGAAACUGGACCGGUCACUAACAUCGAACCCUUCUUCGUGUCGCUGGCUCUGCUGGACUUGCGAGAAGGGAGAAAGGUGUCCGCCGACUUCCACGUGGACCUCAACCACGAGGCCGUGCGUCAGAUGCUCGGAGGCUGCUGCAGCGGGACGGGCGCUCCUGCCACGGGGGUCGCUGGCGUUCAGGAAAAUGGCCUGAGCUCUCCUCCUACGGAUAAGAAGCAAGGAGACUGUUCCCUCAGCGUGGACCUGGAGCGCUGGCUCUCCUUUCCCAAACAGGCCAUCUUCUCCGUCACCAACCCCCACACGGACAUCGUGAUGGUGGCGAGAGUGGAGAAGGUGCUGAUGGGAAAUAUCGCUUGUGGAACAGAACCGUAUAUCAAGAAUACGGACUCCAGCAAGACGGUUCAGAAGAUAUUGAAGGCCAACAAACAGUUCUGUAGUAAACUGGGGAAGUACCGGAUGCCAUUUGCCUGGUCUGUCAGGUCGGUGUUUAAGGACAACCACGGGGCGCUGGACCGAGAGUCUCGAUUCUCGCCUCUCUUCAAACAGGAGAGCAACAAAAUUUCCACGGAUGACUUGAUAAAGCUCGUAUCCGAGUACAAGAGGGCUGAGAAGACCAGCAAGCUGCAGACCAUUCCCGGGGCGCUGGAGAUCGCAGUCGACUACGUUCCGUUGGAGCAUCCUAACUGCGUGACGUCCUCCUGUGUGCCGGUGAAGCCCUUCGAGGAGCUGAGCAAACACCAGCCCACCGUGGAGGUGGAGGAGUUCGUCCAGGACACCACCAAGUUCACGCAGCCGCACCGCGUCUACAGGAACCACAUCUACGUCUAUCCCAAACACCUCAAAUACGACAGCCAGAAGAGCUUCGCCAAGGCCCGUAACCUUUCAGUCUACGUGGAGUUCCGAAGCUCCGACGAAGAAGUUGCCAAACCUUUAAAGUGCAUCUACGGCAAGCCGGGAGGUCCGGUUCUCACCACGGUGGCCUGUUCCACGGUCCUGCAUCACUCCCAGAACCCUGACUUCUAUGAUGAGGUGAAGAUUGAGCUUCCUACUCAACUUCACGAAAAGCACCACCUUCUCUUCUCCUUUUACCACGUCACCUGUGACAUCAACGCGAAGACGAACGCCAAGAGGAGAGAAGCCCUGGAGACGCCAGUGGGGUUUUCCUGGCUGCCUCUCCUCAAAGAUGGCCGCCUGUCAUCCCAGGAGUUCAGCGUGCCCAUCUCCUGUAAUCUGUCACCCGGAUACCUGGCCAUCAAGGAAGCGGGCAACACCAAGAAUGCAGCCGAUUUGAAGUGGGUUGAUGGAGGAAAAGCCAUCUUCAAAGUGUCCACCAACGUCGUCUCCACAGUGUACACUCAGGACCCCCACCUGAACCGAUUCUUCCAGCAGUGCCAGAAGAGAGAGCCGGACAUCUCGCAACCUCCCACCUCCAACUUCAUCAACUGCUUGAAGGGUCUUCUCAGCAUGGAGAGGAUCCCGGUGAUCAUCCGAUUUCUGCCAGUGCUCUUCAACCAGCUGUUCAAGGUUCUGACUCAGAAUGACAACGAUGAGGUCACUACUGCCACCACCAGAGUGCUGGUGCACAUUGUUGCAAAGUGCCAUGAGGAAAACCUGGAUCACUACCUGCACUCCUACAUCAAGUACGUGUUCAGGUCAGAGGCCCACGGCUUCAGGACGGUUCACGAGGAGCUGGCUAAGGGAAUGACCUUUGACCUCAAGAGCAACGAGCAGACAGCAGUCAAGAAUGUCCUCAAGUUCUCCUGGUUCUUCUUUGAGCUUAUUGUCAAAUCCAUGGCGCAACAUCUGCUUGAUUCUGACAAGGUGAAGCUUCCGAGGCCUCAGCGGUUCCCCUCAUCCUACCUGAGCCGCGUGGAGACGCUGGUGGAGACGGUGUCCGAACACAUCUUCUGGAAAAACAAAGACCUGGCGGAGGAGACGCGCUGCGCCAACUUAGCCGUGGCGGCUUUCGUCAAGCGUUGCUUUACCCUCAUGGACCGAGGCUUCACAUUCAAGCUGAUCAGCAACUACAUUAACAUGAUCACUUCAACGGACAGCAAGGUCUUGUGCGAGCUGAAAUUUGAGUUUUUGAGAGAGGUGUGCAACCACGAGCACUACAUCCCUCUCAGCCUGCCGCUGCCCUCCGCUCGCAUCGCGGAUCAUACAUCUCCAGAGCCACAAAGUACUCAUGUGUCGGUGCCCGAGUACAACCUGACGGGAGAGUUCUGCAGGAAGCACUUCCUGACCGGCCUGUUGCUCCGGGAACUGGGGCUGGCGCUCCAGGACGAGCAGGACCUGAGACACCUGGCGUUGGCCACGCUGAAGACGCUCAUGGCCAAACACUCGCUGGACGCACGCUACGCCACCAAGGAGAAGCAGGCCAGAAUCGCGUCCCUCUACCUGCCUCUGUACGGCCUGAUCCUCGACAACAUGCCUCGAUUCUUCCUCAGGGACGUCUUCCCCAUCUACUUCACUUCUAGUGACCAGGGCUCUCGAGACGAUCUCAGUGUCGGAGGCGGAGGCGUCGUGGCGGGAGGCGUGAUUCCUGUUACUCGCCAUGGCCACUCUGUGGAUGCUUCCUUCUCCAAAGAAGUCCUGAACUCCAUCACAGGUAACGCCUUUUCAUCCUUGGCAGUUGCCACGGGUAACCAAGCGGACUCUCGGGGUUCUCUCAUCAGUGUGGACUCCAACCCGAGCAACAGUGACAGGAACAGUGAGAAGAUGGACGGAUGUGAGAAGUUCGCGCGGCCCCAGUCGCUCAUCGGCUACGGCUCCCGCUGUGACAAGCUGGACCAGGCCGAGACCCGCAGUCUGCUCAUGUGCUUUUUGCACAUCAUGAAAACUAUAUCUGAAGAUGUGCUGGUCUCCUACUGGCACCGGGCCAUCCACCAGGAGAUAUCGGACUUCUUUAACAUCCUGGAGCUGUGUCUGCAGCACUUCAGAUUCCUCGGGAAACGCCACAUAGCCAGGAAGCUAGCAGCGGCAGUAAAGCUGGCCCAAUCCAGCCAGGCCAAUGGCACCCUGAAGGGCUCUAACCACCCCUCCCAGUCCUCUCAUCCCUCCAGCCUCUUCCCACAAUGGAUGGCGACAUCCGGAGGGGAAGGUCACCGGCACGCUCGAUCCCAAACCAUGCCCAUCAUCAGGAGCAAGAAUGCUCUCGCCAACCCCAAGCUGCUGCAGAUGAUGGAGACGGAUGGGAAUAUCCACGACGGGGACAACCUGAGUCCGACGGAUAUCGAGGCAAACUUGUCCACAGAGGUGGCCCUCACGGUGCUGGAUGUCCUGGAGCUCUUUGUUCACCACCACAAGAAGCAGCUGUUGCUGGAUGAAGGCCAAAAUGUACUGAUGAAGAAGGUGCUGGACACCUACUUGCUCUUCUUUCAAAUCAACCAGUCGACCGCCACUCUACGGCAUAUCUUCGCCGCUCUCAGGCUCUUUGUACAAAAGUUCCCCAGUGCGUUCUUCCAGGGUAAGGCCGACCUGUGCGGCUGCCUGUGCUAUGAAAUCCUCAAGUGCUGCAACCAUCGCUCCAGCUCCACCCAGACGGAGGCGGCCGCCCUGCUGUAUUUCUUCAUGAGAAAAAACUUUGAGUUCACCAAGGGCAAGUCCAUCGUCCGCUCCCAUCUGCAGGUGAUCAAGGCGGUGAGCCAGUUGAUAGCAGACGCUGGCAUCGGGGGCUCCAGGUUCCAGCAGUCCCUGGCUAUCAUUAAUAACUUUGCCAACGGAGAUGCACCACUCAAGAACACUCCGUUCCCCGCUGAGGUGAAGGACCUGACCAAGCGGAUCAGAACGGUUCUGAUGGCCACGGCCCAGAUGAAGGAGCACGAGAAGGACCCGGAGAUGCUGGUGGACCUUCAGUACAGUCUGGCCAACUCCUACGCCAGCACCCCCGAGCUGCGCUGCACCUGGCUGGAGAGCAUGGCCAAGGUUCACGUCCGCAACGGCGAUCUCUCAGAGGCUGCCAUUUGCUACAUCCACAUCUCCGCCCUGAUUGCUGAAUCGCUGAAGAGGAGAGGCUACUGGAGAGCUGACAAGGCCAGGAUGUCCAGUGUGUCCUCUGGAGAAAACCCUGUCUUUAACUGUAGCUCCUUACUAACCACCUCCCGAGAUCAAGACACCUCGUUUUCUAUGGGCUGGGCAGCGUUUAUGUGCAUCAGCCCCAAUGUGAAGGAGGAGGGAGCCAUGAAAGAAGACACCGGCACACAAGACACGCCCUACACUGAGGACACGCUGGUGGAGCAGCUGGAGCUGUGUGUGGACUACCUGUGGAAGUCAGAGCGGUACGAGCUCAUCGCCGACAUCAACAAACCCGUGAUUGCUGUUUUUGAGAAGAGGAGAGAUUUUAAGAGGCUGUCUGAGCUCUACUACGACAUCCACCGCUCCUACCUGAAGGUGACGGAGGUCGUGAACUCCGAGAAGCGUCUCUUCGGACGCUACUACCGCGUCGCUUUCUACGGACAGGGUUUCUUUGAGGAGGAGGAGAGCAAAGAGUUCAUCUACAAGGAGCCGAAGCUCACGGGGCUGUCGGAAAUCUCCCAGAGAUUAUUAAAACUCUACUCGGACAAGUUCGGAGCCGAUAAUGUCAAAAUGAUCCAGGACUCCAAUAAGGUAAAUCCCAAAGACCUGGACCCCAAGUUUGCGUACAUCCAGGUGACGUACGUGGUGCCCUACUUCGACGAGAAGGAGCAGCAGGACAAGAGGACCGACUUCGAGAGGCAUCACAACAUCAGCCGCUUCGUGUUCGAGACGCCGUUCACUCUCUCGGGGAAGAAGCACGGCGACGUGGAGGAGCAGUGCAAGAGACGCACCAUCCUGACCGCGAGCUCCAGCUUCCCGUACCUGAAGAAGCGCAUCCAGGUGGUGGAGCAGCAGAGCACCGAGAUGAACCCCAUCGAGGUGGCCAUCGAUGAGAUGUCGCGCAAAGUCUCCGAGCUCAACCAGCUGUGCAACACGGAGGAGGUGGACAUGAUCCGGCUGCAGCUGAAGCUGCAGGGCAGCGUCAGCGUCAAGGUGAAUGCAGGACCCAUGGCCUACGCCAGGGCCUUUCUAGAGGAGAAGAAUGCCAAGAAAUACCCAGACAACCAGGUCAAACUGCUCAAAGAGAUCUUCAGGCAGUUUGCAGAAGCCUGCGGUCAGGCUCUGGACGUGAACGAGCGUCUGAUCAAGGAGGACCAGCUGGAGUACCAGGAGGAGAUGAGAGCUCACUACCGGGACAUGCUGACCGAGCUGUCCGGCAUCAUGAACGAACAGAUUCCUCACACAAGACAACCGGGAACAGAGCGACACAACGCCUACUGACCGGCCACUAGACUCAAGAAAGACUCCCCAGGAAUGUCUCGAGGGUCUCGAGCCUCAGACGCGGCUCAUUUGCUUUGCUUCUGACUUUUAGUUGUUUCCUGCUGCAGAGACGCAGCAGGCUAGUGGAACCUGUGACCGACGAAGAGUGUAGAGAAAACAAAGAAGAAGAAGAAGAAGAAGAAGAAGAAGUGUGUAGAGUGUGGUCGUGGUAGUCUGUAGUCCAUGUGGUUGAACGUUGACUGUCUACAGUAGAGGCCAGGCUGCUGGACUGUUAGCUCCCGUUUGUUUUUAGAGGCUCCAUCCAUGUGUCAUGGACUCCUCCCCCUGCCAACUGAUUCACACACACACACACACACACAGACACACACACACACACACAGACCCACACACACACAGAAAUGAAGGUGCCAUCUGGAACUGGAAAUGGUUCUUCAGAGUGAUGCCAUAGAAGAACCAUUUUUGGUUUCACAAAGAACCUUUCAAACCAAGGUUCUUUAAAGAGCCAUUUCCUUCAAUAGUUCUUCAAAGAACCGAUACAGAUGUUUCAAAGAACCUUCAAAAAAAUGGUUCUUUAAGGCACCAUAUCUGGUUCCACAUAGAACCUUUCAAACCAGGGUUCUUUAAAGAACCAUUUAAUUAAAUAGUUCUUUAAAUAAUAUAUAAAAGUGUCUCAAAGAACCUUCAAAAAAUGGUUCUUUAAGGCACCAUUUCUGGUUCCACAUAGAACCUUUCAAACCAGGGAUCUUUAAAGAACCAUUUCCUUCAAAUGUUCUUCAAAGAACCUAAAAAGGUGUCUCAAAUAACCCUAAAAAAUGGUUCUUUAAGGCACCAUAUCUGGUUCCACAAACAACCUUUCAAGCCAGCGUUCUCUAAAGAACCAUUUCAUUAAAAUGUUCUUCAAAGAACCUAUAAAGGUGUCUCAAAGAACCUUCAAUAAAUGUUUUUUUAAUGCACGAUUUCUGGUUCCACAUAGAACCUUUUAAAUCAGAGUUCUUUAAAGAACCAUUUCUUUAAAAAGUUCUUCAGAGAACCUAUAAAGGUGCCACCGUGCCUAAGAGAACCUUAACAAAUUGUUCUUUCAGGCACCAUUUAUAAAAUGGUUCUGUCGGUGAUGGUUCUUCGUAUAACCACAAAGCCUUUUAAAGAACCAUUUAGGAACCAUUAUUUUUCUGUGUACACACUCACAAACAAGUACACACACACACACACAACCACCCAACAUGCGCCUUCUCUCCACCCCCUUAGAGAACCGUGACCUUACUGAGCUCCCGGUGUGUGCAGCUCUAACGUGCAUUUUGAUGACGGUUAUUAAAUGUGUUUUUUUCCCGGUGGAAUAUUGUUGAACUUCCGCCUCGCUCAGUCUUGUAAGAUGACAAAUGUGAAGAAGAAAAAAAUUGGAUUCCAGCUUCUUUUUUUUAAACUAACGAAGCAUCUGAAGAGUUGAACGCACCUCCGGUUCUCGUUCUGAAUGUAGAGCAGCUCCACAUCGCUACUUUGUAUCCUCGCUAACGCUCUGGAAAUAUCCGCUCGCCGAUUUUAAAAUGGAAACAAACAACAACAACAAACAAACAAAAAAAAGAAUGUUUUGUAACAUUUUUAGGAUUGAAAUUGCAUUGUUACUGUUAUUAUUUCCUGUACUGUUUUUGAAUUGUAAAUAAGAAAUAUUAAUAUUUAAAACGUUUGAAAUGUUUUUUUAAAAUAAAAUAUACAAUAUAUAAAUAUUUGUUUAGCUGAAUAAAAAAUAAAUAAAAAAAGAACAAAAACUUCAAGUUUUAUGUAUAACAUUUAAAAUAAAAUUUUGUUAAUGUCCAAAAAUACAUGUUAUACUACAUUCUUUCCCCACUUCCUCCCCGGAGGACAUGGCACCAUGCAUCAGAUCACCGGUCCUCCCACUAGAGCUCAUGUUAUUUGCAUUAAUCCAGAUUUAAAUGGUAGUAAAAUGGCUUUCUAAAAUUAAAAUGUUGCUUUGGUUGCAGCUGACAUCGA